AUGGCGCGCAUCAACGGCGUGGCGGCGGCGCACCGGGAGUGGAGGAGGCAGCAGCAGGAGCUCACGGCGCUGCAGCGGCAGCUCGGCCAGCAGGGCCAGCAGCAGCAGCAGGUCCAGCAGGUGCAGCAGCAGCUGCCGCAGGAGCAGGACCAGGAGCAGGGCCACCACCACCACCAGCAGCAGCAGCAGCAGCAGCAGGGCAGGCCCAGCCAGCAGCAGCUGCAGCUGCAGCUGCAGCAGCAGCUCGGCACCAUCCUCAGCGUGCUGACCAACCUGGGGAUGCUGCCAGCCCCCACACAGCCCCCCGUGCCGGCCAGCGCCGCGCCCGCCGCGCUCAGCGCCGCGCCCAGCGACCAGGCCGCCCAUGGGGCGCCGGGGCCGCCGGCGCGCCCGCAACAGGCGGCGGCGCAGGGCGGUGCGAGCCGGGAGGGGCUGAUGGCAGAGGUGCUCCUGGCCCUCAUGCAGGCUGCGGCCGGCCGCACUGCUGCCACUGCCACCGCCACCGCAGCAGCCCCUUGA